AUGUGCACGAUUACAGAGAUCUUAAUACUAACAAUCCACUUUGUUGUAGAUGUUGACGCCGUCUAUCGAAUCUCGCUUAGUCUUUUCAGGCUGCCUCGUAACGGCGCAGGCAUCUACGAAUGGGCGUUGACCAGCUGCGCCAAAGCCAAUUCGCGUCGAGCACUUGUCCAACUCGUGAACCGGUACCUCAAUCUGGAAGGCGUGGAUAUACACCGGAAUACCGAGUGGAUCGCGAUGAUCAAAGAUCUCGCUCUCGUAGACGAAUUCCCUCCAGCGAUCCUUACCUACGUCAAGCUACUCAGUUGGCGCGGCGAGAACGCAGCCGCGGCCGAGCUUUUGGAGCAGAAGAUUCUCCCGUAUAUCAAACCGACCCGUAUACGCCCUGUGCCAUAUGAGGAUCUAACGAUGGGGGGCGCUAUGGACUCGCCUCUGCGCAUGUACGGUCUUGCUAUUGCGGAGACGCAGGGAGUCGAGGGUGUGAAGAAUGCCAUGCGCCGAGCGGCGUUGGAAUUCCACGAACCAAUCGCUCUGACCGAAUUGGCCAUCAUUCAAUUGGAAUCAGAAGACUGGGACUUGUACGAACAAUAUAUGAGUCUGGCUGCGGUGAGCGCAUACAUCCCGGCCUGCUUUUAUCUUGCCAACUUCUAUUACCGCAUCUCCCAGGGUGAAAUUCCCAGCCGAGAAGAGAGGGUCAAAAAGAGACUGGAAGAGAAAAGUGCUGCCAAACCCUGGACGCGACUAUUUGAACCUCUGUCCAAGUGGAUCGAUAGGACGGCCAACAAGCCCAUGGAUCGUCAGACAUACCGCAAGCUCGCUAUGGAUUGGUAUGAGCUUGCUUUUGAACUGGGGAAAAACGAUGCCGGAUUUAUCCUGGCCAUGCUCUUCCGCGAGGAUGGUCAGAUGGAACUGAGCCGUGCAAUCUAUGACAACGUUAUCCAGCAGGGUCUUCCGACCUCCGUGUCGAAAAAGGGCUUACUGGAGAUGGAGAGCAAGUGGAAUGACCCGACCUUCAACCCUGGCCUGCCGCCUCAGCUCUUGAAGAUGAGCUAA